GGGCCCCGCCUCCUCCUUUGCGUCAGCUACGUACUGCCCUCCGUCGCUACGUAAACACGUGCGUCGCUGCUUCCAGGUUCCAGCUUUUCUCGGUCCACCGUCACACUCUCGCAUCACUCCUUGACAACAGCAGCGAUGGCGGAGCCCGUAGCAUCGGAUGCGGCGGCCGCGACGAACGAAACUCCCGCCGCGGCGGCGGCAUCAACCAAAGCGGGCCUCUCUCCCGCCGCCAGCCCGGGUUCGGAGGCUCCGUCCACGGCUCUGUCUCCCACCGUGGACGGCUCCCAGCGGCUGCUGUUCUCGCACGACCUGGUCUCGGGGCGGUAUCGCGGCUCAGUCCGGUUCGGCCUCGUGCGGAUGAUCCACGGAGAGGAGGAUUUCAACUCGGACUCGGACCUCGACGACGGCGGCGGGAGAGGCGGCGGUGGCCUGGAGGGGGGUGGCGGCGGCGGCGGCCGUAUCCCCGGCGGCUCGGACACUGAGAGUGCGGCGGACCCUCCGAGUCGCCCCCUCGGUCGGGGGUUCGUCCGCGUGCAGUGGUACCCCGAAGGAGCGAAGCAGGACAUCAGGGAGACAAAGCUGAAACUUGAAGAUCGCUCCAUCGUCAUCAGAGACAUCGUGAGGCGGAAUAACUCCAACGACAACCAGUGCGGCAUCGUGACCAACAUCGACAUCGAGUGUGCGGUCAAACUGGUGGGGACGAGCUGCAUCCUGUACCCCGUCAACAGCAAAGACCUGCAGCACAUCUGGUCCUUCAUGUACGGCGACUACAUUGCCUUCGACUUCUGGUUGGGGAAAGUCUACGACCUGACCAAUCACAUCAUCCUCAAGCUUUCCAACGGAGCCAGGUGCUCCAUGAGUGUGGAGGACGGCGCCAAGCUUUACGACGUGUGUCCACAUGUCAGUGACUCGGGUCUGUUCUUCGACGAGGCGUACGGCUUCUACCCGGGUCAGGUCCUGAUCGGCCCCGCCAAAGUCUUCUCUAACGUCCAGUGGCUGUCCGGAGUCAAACCGGUCCUCAGCAGGAAGUGCAAGUUCAGGGUUGUUGUAGAAGAGGUGAAGGUGGUGGAGCUGAAAGUGACUUGGAUCACAAAGAGCUUCUCCCCCAAAGGCUCCGACAGCGUUUAUCCUCCACCCUCCACCAUCCCUCAGGAGCAUCUGUGGAGGGUGAGGCGGCUGGGCUACUACGACCACACCCAGAGGCAGCUGGGGGAGAGGGCGCUCUACGUCUUCCCCGCCAAAGGAGAUGCCACCCGCAUCACCUGUGAAGGACCUGAGGGGGCCUCUGUCCUGCCCGAGGACCCCAUGGCCCGAAAGCUGAAGCGGAUCUUCAAGAAGGAUUCUGGAAAGAAGACCGAGAACACGGAGUCACAAGGCGAGCACAAAUCCGAGGCGACAGAAACGCCACACCCGAACAACAACGGGCCGGUGAACCAGCUGGACUCUCAAAACACCAACGAUGCGGCGAGCGAACACGCGGAGCAGGACGCCGACGACGAGGCUGCGGAGGACACGGACGACACCAGCUCGCUGACGUCAUCGGCGAGCUCCACCGCCUCCUCCCAAAGCGGCGGUCUGGGUACCAACCGCAAGAAGAGCAUCCCGCUGUCCAUCCGCAACCUGAAGAGGAAACACAAGAAGAAGAGGACCAAGUUCUCUCGGGAGUUUAAGCCCGGAGAUCGGGUGGCGGUGGAGGUGGUGUCCACAAAGACCACGGCUGAUGUGAUGUGGAAGGACGGGCGGGUGGAGAAGGGGAUCCGAUCCAACGACCUGAUCCCCAUCCAGCACCUGGACAGCCACGAGUUCUGCCCCGGAGACUUCGUGGUGGACAAACGGCCUCAGGCCCUGCAGGACCCCGGCGUGUACGGCGUGAUCCAGUCAGGCGAUCACCGCGGCAGGACGUGCGUGGUGAAGUGGAUCAAGCUCAGCUCCACCGGCGAUGAUGUGGAGGUGCUGGGCGUGGAGGAGGACGUCAGCGUGUACGACAUCGCAGAUCACCCGGACUUCCACUUUCGCACGACGGACAUCGUGAUCCGGAUAUGGAACUCUGAGAACAGACAGAACGACUGUGAAAAUGAGACGUCGGUGGGACAGGUGUCCAGGGUGGACGUGAGCAGCAAAGUGGAGGUGGUGUGGGCGGACAACUCCAAGACCAUCGUGCUGCCGCAGCAUCUGUACAACGUGGAGUCGGAGAUCGAGGAGACGGACUACGACUCGGUGGAGGAGACCAGCAGCGUCCUCUCCACGGAGGAGUGGGAGGACGAGAGCGACAGCUGGGAGACGGACAACGGUCUGACCACCGAGGACGACGGCUACGUCAACAACACGGACACGGCCGACACGGCCACCCCCACCCCCACCCCGACCGGCUCCGCCUCCUUCAUCAUCCCCCCAGCGGAGAGCAGAGCCAGCGUCACCAGCCCCAGUAAAGGAGCUCCUGCAGAGGAGGACGGGUCUGGAGCCAGUCCCGCCUCAGGAGGAGGAACCACUCCAGGAGGAGCCGUCAACGGAGCGGAGAAGCCCGGCAAAGACGGCUCCUCUCGAGGCUUCAGAGAGCUGAAGGAGGCUCUGAAGAUCCUGGAGAGCCUGAAGAACAUGACGGUGGAGCAGCUGUGGACCGGCGGCUCGCCGACCUCCCCGACCUCGGCCGAACCGGCCACCGCGGCUCACGUCCCGAGUUCUGUGGCGCCAGCAGCCCCGGAGAAGCCCACCAAGGAGAAGCGCUUUCUGGACGACAUCAAGAAGCUGCAGGAGAACCUGAGGAAGACGCUGGACAACGUGGCCAUCGUGGAGGAGGAGAAGAUGGAAGCCGUGGUGGAGGCCGUCGGCGGCGCCGAGGCAGAAAGAGGCGGCGAGGAAAAGCCGCAGCAGGAGCCGCAGACGCCGGGCGGAGGCCAGGAGUGGCCCAGCGAGUUCCUGAGCGACACGCCGGUGCUGUGCCAGCAGAGCGGAGGGAAGCCGGGCGUCACCUUCACCAGCGCCAAGGGGGAGGUGUUCUCUGUGCUGGAGUGGGCGCCGGAAACUCACUCCUUCAAGAAGAUGGAGUUCCAGCCGGCGGAGGCCAAGAAGUUCUUCAGCACCGUGAGGAAGGAGAUGGCUCUGCUGGCCACGUCGCUGCCGGACGGCAUCAUGGUCAAGACCUUCGAGGACCGCAUGGACCUGUUUUCAGCUCUGAUCAAAGGACCGACCCGCACGCCGUACGAGGACGGCCUCUUCCUGUUCGACAUCCAGCUGCCCAACAUCUACCCGGCCGUGCCGCCCCUCUUCCGGUACCUGUCCCAGUGCAGCGGGCGGCUCAACCCCAACCUGUACGACAACGGCAAGGUCUGCGUCAGCCUGCUGGGCACCUGGAUCGGCAAGGGAACGGAGAGAUGGACCAGCAAGUCCAGCCUGCUGCAGGUCCUCAUCUCCAUUCAAGGCCUCAUCCUGGUCAACGAGCCGUACUACAACGAGGCCGGCUUCGACAGCGACCGCGGCCUGCAGGAAGGCUACGAGAACAGCCGCUGCUACAACGAGAUGGCUCUGAUCAAGAUGGUGCAGUCCAUGACCACGCUCCUCCAGAACCCCGUGGAGGUCUUCAAGCAGGAGAUCCGGGACCACUUCGUCUCCAGCGGCUGGCGGCUGGUGCACCGCCUGGAGGCGUGGCUAGAGCUGAACGAGGCGGCGGAGAGGAGCCACUCGUCCUGCCGGGGUCAUCACCUGAGGGACAGAGCGCCGUCUGUGGAGGAGCCGGGGUCCGGGCCCGUGGCGCUGGCCCACAGCAGCCCCAGUAAGCUCGGGGAGGAGGCGGCGCCCGCCGCCGGCGUGAGCAGUAUUAUCGAGGAGGAGCUGGAGGACUCGUGGCAGAGCUCCUGCCCGACGGCGCAGCCGGAGCUCAGCCACACCUCGGACUACGAAAGCGCCCAGGGGAGCAGCUACCUGUCUGCGGCGGCGCAGGCAGGCUCCGCCCCUGCAGGGGGAGUGGCUUCUGCAGGAAGCCAGCCGGCGGUGCGACCAAAGAAACGGAGGAAGAGUUACCGGAGCUUCCUCCCCGAGGGCAGCGGCUACCCCGACAUCGGCUUCCCGCUCUUCCCGCUCUCCAAAGGGUUCGUGAAGAGCGUGCGGGGCGUGCUGCUGCAGUACCGCGCUGCGCUGGCCGCCGCCGGCUUCCCCGAGCACGCCGAGGACAAGUAAGUGCCUCCUCCCCUUCUCCCGACGCUUCUCUGCUCCCUCCUUUCUGCCUUUUCAUCUGCCGUGGAGGAGGAUCCAUCAAUGGGGGCGGAGUCAAUCUGCACUGCCACAUUCUCGCCCUUCACAUCCGUUUCCGUCCUGCUGCCUUCUCCUCCCAUGAUUCCUCUGGAUGCGGCGGCGGCGGCGUGAUAACGUCCUCUUCUCUCCUCCAGUGACCUCUCGGAUGACUGAUAAUCGGGUCUAAGUCGGACCUGACGGAACCAAGACGGACUCGGGAGGGAGAGGAAGAACCUGUGCCAUGAGAGUGGGAGUUCCACGCCGCCGCCUUUCAACCUGUAGCAGCGCCGACGCGCCGACCAGGAGGACUCGGUUCUGGUAUUUUCUGCCUGUUCGCACAAAGACUUUGUGAGGCGAUCAGGCCGAAUGUGAGUAAAACUGCCAACCGCAGCGGCGCCGCCGCCCCCUCUUCCUCUCUGCUGUGUUUCCCUCCAUUUGCACUGACGUUUACAGAUCACCUCAGGAGGGCGGGGCUUCAGGAAGCACAAGCCCUCAUCACUGCACCACCACCGCAGCAUCAUUCCAUCCCGUCAACAUGUUGCCUUACUUGAACUGAUCUCAGAUCUUUGAGCUUGCGUCGUGCUUUUAUCAUCUCCUCCUCUGUGCAUCCGGACGUCACGGAGCGCCAAAGCGCCGAUCCGAUCGGGUUUCGGAGACUCGACUUACAGCACAAACUGUUGUUUCUGCAUGAACAUGGAAUAAAUCAGGGUUUUUCUUUGCCGCCCUGCAGCGGACUCGUCCGGGUGCUUCCUGCGUUCCUCUUUGACAUCUCUCCUCAGAUCUGUGCGCGGACGCGGCGGCUGCUGGUGUUUUACUUGAACUUUGAUGCUGAGAAGUGUUUCUGCGAGCGGACGCCGUGCCAUUAAGACAAACGUGAGCCAAAGGCUGCUGUUCCAAACAGACUCCUAAAUGAUGAAGAAGCGUUCCUUCCUUUUGUUUGUUCUCCUGCGUUCCGGCUCGUCUUCCAUAUUCCAAACGUUGGAAAAUGUGGCUGCUCCCGGAGGAUGGAGCUGCUGCUCCCACAUCCUUCUCUUUUUGUUUUCCCUCUAUGAUCCGCCUCCUUUUCUUCACGUGAACCAGAAAUCCAACCCAUACGUACGAUGUCUGUGUGUAUAUUCUGCAGAUGGAAACCAUUCUUCUGCUUAUUCUUCUUCUAAUUACUGCAAGCCGUUUGUUUUCCAGCCAAAGCAUGUAACACGUUGCUUUAAGCCUGUUGGAUGGGCUCCACGAGACUUGACUGUAUGAUGUCUACAUUUCCACAGUGGCCUGUUAUUGAUAUGAGAUUUAAAAAAGAAUAAUAAAGUUAACAUUUGUAGCCUGGUUCCCUCUGUACAGACAUCAUAUAUGAAGACAUACAGUAUAUAUAUUUAACACAAACCACAUGAAUGCUUGGGGCACAUAUGUACAAACCUGAGUGUACUGUACUUCGAAAUUUACUUUCUUUUUUUUAAGAGUUUUGUUGCUUCAAAAUAAUUGUAUAGUGAUGUAUUAAACUUUGCAAGCAGUACCGUC